GAUGUCUAUACGAGCACCGCCUACUACGGCCAAAGUGAUAUUUCAUACCUCGAAGGGGGAAAUACACAUGGAAAUAUGGGCUAAAGAAACUCCAGCGACAAGCAGAGCUUUCAUUGAAAAUUGUAUUAAUAAAAGAUAUGUUGGAUUAAGUUUCAAUAAGAUUAUAAAAGAUUAUAUGAUCCAGUCUGAUUCAUUGGAUAAACCUAAAACUGCUUUUAAAAGCGAGUUUCAUUCAAGGUUGAGAUUUAAUCAGCGUGGAUAUAUAGGUGCAUCCAAGUUGGAAGGAAAUAAAUCAAGCGUUGAUUCGUUCUUCAUUACAUUGAAGGAGCUACCUCAGUUUAAUAAUGAAUAUGUUUUGUUUGGGAAGGUCAUUGGUAACUCGGUAUAUAAUGUGGUUGACAUAAGUCAGAGUGAAUUGGUGAACGAUGACACCCCUAGAUACCCUACCAAAAUCCAAGAUAUCAGUGUGUCUAUUAAAUACUUUGAGGAUGUGAGAGUAGAAGAGAUGGAUGAAGAAGAAGUUCAACAGCCUCCGAAAAAGAAACAAGCCAAAUCCAGAGUGAAACUAGACUAUGAGGAUGAAGAGGAAGAGGAAACAGUUGAUUUCCGAAUCAAAUCUUCACGAGGGGCUCCUAAGCCAAAAGACUCCCCGAAGGAAGUACCUGAACUUGAAAAUAUAUCCAAGGAAAAUCUACCUGAUAUCGAUGGACCGGAGAAAAGUGUUGAGCAGAAGGAAAGUAUUGAACCGAAGACAGGCGUUGACCCCAAAGCAAAGGCAAAUGAUGUACCCCGAGAUCCCAAAGACCUAGAAGCGAAAAGCGAUGUAGCUGAAAUAGCCAAAGAUGAAGAAAAAUAUGAAAAAUGCAACAAGAGGAAUGAUAAAAACAUAAAUAAGAAAAGGGAUCCUGUCAUUGAUUUCGAGUAUGAUUCUAAUUUGGACCUCAAGGACACUGACAAUAUUGAAAUCAGUAUUCUAAGUAAUCAUGAAUUUAGGCCCCGACAUUAAAUAAUAAUACAAUAUAUCUAACAAACUAUAUUGAAGCACUUUUUAAAGAAAUGAAAUAAAAAUACAUAAAG